ACAACUGAACGAGUCGCAGGUACUACUAAACUACUGUCCAUUUCGAUUUCUGUUCGCUUUACAGAUAUACAAAGACAUUAACGUUAUAGCCAUCAUCGUCAUCUCGAUUAUAGUUCUCGCCAGGGACUUUCGACUUUCCUUAACGAUUUAAACGAAUAUAAACUUAAUCAACCGACCCCGGCCCAAACACAAUUAUUUUUCUUACUCGAGGUCAAUUACAUGUUACAUUCUAACCAGGACUCAUUUCUUUCGUUUCUUCAAGUGGGUAAUUCAUAUUUCAACGACUUUGGGAUAUAAACAGUUUCUCGAAGUUACGCAGUUUAUGGUUUAGUGAAUGGUAAUACAUCAGAUCUUUCGUGGUUUUGCCGGACGAUCUUUUCACGAUUUGUUCGAGAAGACAAAAGAUUUCGUGCAGGCUGGAUUUCUUUUGAGGCUGUAGUUUAUUCAAUUCGGAAGAAACUUUUAUCUGUACUUUUCUACCCCCGAUGAAAAGUUCACCCAAGAUUUACGUAUCAGGGGAGAAAUAUUGUUCCCGUGCGUGGAUGUAUUUGGAUAAACUCAGCCGUCGUAGAUGAAAAGUGUUUCUGUUUAGAUAACAAUGUGGAAUUGGUUUUUGGUCUGCUAUGAAAAUGUGGUUUGUUUGAAGAAUGGUGUAAAUAGUAGCUGUGAAAUGGUUUACCACGAGUCAUGCAAUUUUUUGCUCCAACCCUGAAAUGUUGUUGUGGAUAUUGUCGAUUAGCGGACGAGUGGAAUGUUCAAAUAGAUAUGAAAUCAGCAUGCAAAAUGCGUUCGUGCAGUCCUUAGCCUUCCCUGAUUGUUUUGGAUUAUCGAUGGAACUGUAACGAAAAUUUGAACAAAACUUUGCUAACGAGAUUGAAGUUCAUUUUUCAGCCCACUGUUUUUCAACUUUCCAGUUCGUUUGCGGCUACGUAAGUUACCGCUGCGGUUUUCUCUAGUUUACUUAGCUUGCCCCGGUAGACACAACAUUUGGCCGUUCUCCGCGGUUUAUAUUCGGUCUCUUCGAAGUUAAUUUAAUGUUUUGUGUUGUGGGUACAUAAGCGUACUGUUCUAAAUAUAGACUGAUUCGAACAUUUCAUCACAACUCUUGGAUUUGGGAAGUAACUCGCUUAUGGUGGAGAAAGGAUUUGGAAGAUAACAGAAGUUUGCCGGAUAUGAAAAUUCUGCUGCCCUGUCGCCUUUAAUUUACAUAUGAAACAAAUAACGGCAGAUGUUCAAAAUCUUUUCGCCUUUGAGACAAGUUCCUUGCACCUUCAAGUACAAGCUACAAUCUUAUGUAUCCAAUGCUUGCAAAGUACCUCCACGUUUAAAUCGUCACACAAGCUUGACAAAUAUUGACAAUAAAGAAUUUAGACAAUUUCAGACUUCUGAAAUCUUACGUUACCUGGCAACAACGUGACUCUUUUAGUCUUUCUAAGACAGGAUCAAUAUAAAUUGUGGUAAUUAUAGUCUCGCUGUUUUACCAGCUUAUGUACUUUACUCUAGGGUCCACUUAGCAAUAACGUUAGUGAACAUGCAGUUGAUCGGUUUUGAAAAACUGAAUAAGAUGCUAUCCUAACAUGAUGAUCUACGGUAACCGGAAAUCUUUAUGAAGAGUCCAGGGGUAUUGGCACUUAUAUUUCACGUUUCAGAUGUGGACAUAACAACAUAACAAUUACUUCAAAAUCGAACAAAACUGUUGUCGUGUCUGUUUCUUUUUUUAGAAUUUUGCAGCAACAACUAAGUCACGGAUAAAAUUUAUUUAGGUCAUGCACUGUACAGACCUUCUUCGUCGGUUACCAAAAGAACAAUAGUAGCUCUGCAGCUGUGAAAUGAUUAGAAACGAUUAACGACCUAAACCACAAAUAUCUUCAUAAAAAAAAAAAAAAAAAAAAACACUAAAAGUCUAUUAUGAAACUUGAAAAGAAUCGGGUUCCACGCAUGCCAAACGAGCCACAUGCGGUCACAAACAGUAUCACUUUUUAUGCUCUGUUUUCUUAACACAAUUUGCUUUGUGAUCAAUUUUGAAAUGUUCGUAAGUUAAUUAGUAAAAACUUGUUGGCAGAAUAACGGCAAUUUUGUCUUUACUUGUCAAACAUUUAUGCAACUUCUCCAAAUCUCUCCAAAUCUUAAUUCAAAGUAACUACAUGUAUGUGGUGGCGAAAGGUAUUCGUUGCCGAAUUAAUGUUUUUUGGAGUGGUUGAUUUUUUGGAAUUUCUAUUCACGUCAAAAAAGAUAUGAUAUGACACUUAUAGUUGUAAACAGUAAUUUCAAGGAACUUUCUCGACUUCCAGCUUAACUUUGGCUUAAUACCUGUGUUAACAACCCACAGUUACUAAAUAUUGCAUAUUAAUGAGCACAUUUGGAAGCAAAUCGUAUGUUGCGUAGUGAGAACAAUUAGUUUUCUGUUGGUGGCCAGGCGUAUUUGCAUUUCAUAAUAUUUAAAAAAGCUGUUUGCAGUUUGCAAAUAACUUUAAAAUUACCUGUUCGAAAAAGGAACAAAGACGCGUUUUGUAAACAGUACUGAACUAACAGUGUUAGGAAUUAAUUUUGUCGAAUUGCAGCGACUUGUUGUCUUAUAAAAGAAACAUGCGGGGGUACAGUAACCGAAGUGAUGAACAAAGAUCCCAUUCAUGGGACAGAGGGAAGAGAGACGAACUCUCCCGCAGCUGGGGAGGGGAGAGGUGGAAUAAAGACCAUCAUAACGACAAAGCCCAGUUGAUGAAUGGACCGACACAAAGCCCGGCGUGCAAAAAAUAUAUCUCUGUGGUCUCCGAGGGAAACUAUUUUAUUGCUUCCAAAGCACCGCUUCCGGAUCGCAUCGAGCUGCGAAUGUGUGGCACCACAGGGCUGGGUCAGAACAACCGUGCUCUGUCCAUACCGGAUCUAUACCGCGUCAAGAUGAAGCCUAUUCCAGAGGUGGUGGAAGAACAAGUGGAUGCAGUUCGCCGAGAAGAAGUUCACUCGGAGAAUGCUUGCCCUCUGCAUGAUCAUCACCUACCAAGGAGUGGUUCUUUGAAAGAGAUGUACUACUCGCAGUACACGCACCAUUUUGACCCGAAUGAGCCUCGUUCGCACAUCGCUGGCUGGAAGGUCGAUAUAGAGCCGAAUAACAUCCCCCAUCGUCGGUCUCGGAUGUGCGUACUCAACAACCCCAUGAUCUCGGGGUCAAGAAAGAGGCCCGAGCGCCCGAAGUCUGCUCCUCCUACGCUGGCCUACGAGUUUGAUGUUUUCACGGAAAAUAUCGAAGAUGACAGACUGUCUUGCGCCACUCUUCCUAACUUUCAUCAUGGCUUCCCCGAAUCCACGCGAAGUACCGACGACUUAGCGACUCGUCUUCAAGAUUUGAUCGUCGAUGCAUCGCCUCCGGAAUACAUCAACGACGACAGUUCCUUCGGCUACGAUCCGAGCGAUGACACGUCGGAAACUUCUUCGGCGUUUUACCAUGACCAGGGCUUUUACAAGAAACGCGAUCCCGCCAAAUUUAGCUACAGCCGUCCCAAGUUACUCCGACUAUCCGCCGACUUUCCUGGGGUGAGAAAUCUAGAAAAAAUGCGUCGAAAACGCAAAAGCAUGGGUUCCUCCUCAACUGGCUCCACUUCUCCUACGCCUUCUCCGUCAGGAGAAUACGGGUUUUUUGUAGCGCUGACAUCGAAGGAUCAAGUUCCACAACAAACACACGGACGAUACUAUUCCAUGACUUAAACGGGAGAAAUUCACAGUUGAAAGAAAAUUUGGACGACAUAAAUUAAAGAAACGGAUAUGAAGUGACUGAAGAAAAGAAAUAUUUGCAAGAGGUUUCCUCAAUUAUCUGGACGAAUACUUUUAAACAAAAACUCGAAAGCCUCUUUUACCUUCAGUUAGUUUACACUUUUAAACAUAUCGGGGGAUCACUCUUCGCAAGCAGUCGGAGAGUCUCCGACUCAUAUUUAUUCAAUCAGAAACAGAAGCACGAACACUCGCUCGCGACUCCGAAAGAUAUCUCGUAACCUGCCCUGGGGCCCGUUUCUCGAAGGUCCCGAAAAGUUUUCGCACGCGGAAAGCCCUAGCAAAAUCUCGAACCU